AUGAAUCCUUAUGAGCACAAGCACUUGAGAUUCACAUGUCAAGCUUUGAUUGUUGACUUUGAUUUUUCUAAUGACUGGUGGUAUACAAGUUGUCCAAAAUGCAACAAAAAACAUAGUGGGUGCAAAAACAAUUACUCAUGCAUGGAUCAUGAUGCUAUCAACUCUCAUCCAGUUCCAUGGUUCCUCUUAGAAUGCAUUGUUAUUGAUGGAGAAGAUGUCGCUAAUUUCUUUCUAUUUGGAAAAACAACUGAGAACGUUUUUGGAUCAACAGCCCACCAUUAUAUCUAUGAUAAAAAAAUUAUUGAUCCCUUAGUUAUUCCGCCUACCAUGACAGCAAAGUUAAACAAGGGCAUGAUUUUUCAACUUCGUUUAAGAGCUUUUAAAUCCACCACCAACAUAUGUGAAAUUAUCAUAAUUAAUAUAUUUGAUGACACCACCAAUAACAGCAUCCAUCCUCUAGAAACACCACCUAUAGAAGCUAAAUCCUCUACUACAUCUAAGACAUCUACUCCAUUAAGCUCUACAAAACAAGUUCCUAUAGAUCCAUGUACUCCACAAAAUAUUGUCAUACAACUCAAGAUUGUUCCUAAUUCCUUGGAGACACCACCCCAGAACAUAUCGCCAACCAACGAAACAAGCCUGAACUGUGGAGCACGACGUGCACUUGAUUUUGAAACUGCAGCACAGCAACUUAGUCAUGAAGAUGAGCAUAACAGCGCAAUUGAAGCUCAAGGAAGUCUAGAGAGCAUAGCUACAUUUGAUCGCUCACUUCCACCUCUGAAAAGACAACGAACAACAUCCUCAUCACCCUUGAUUUUUAACCUCAAAUUCUUUCAUUGCUUCCUAUUAUUAUUUGUAAUACUAUGCCUGCAACGUUUUACUCUUUUUUGA